UUUUUAUACCCCAUUUACAAUUAUCGUUUAUUUUACUUUUAUUCUGACUAAUUAUUAUACUAAUUAAUAAAAAAUGAAACUCGCCGUCUUCAGCGCCAAGUCCUACGACAGAGAAUAUUUCCAAUCUAUCCAACGUUCCCUCUACCCUUCCUACAAAGUCCAAUACCACAGUUUCUCCCUUUCCAACGAAACCGUCUCCCUAGCCAGCGACUGUCAGGCAGUAUGCGUCUUCGUCAACGACGUGCUCGACUCCACUGUUCUCUCAGCCCUUCAACAAUACGGCGUCGGCGCAGUUCUCCUUCGAUGUGCGGGAUUCGAUAACGUCGAUCUUCCAAAAGCUGAAGAACUGGGUAUCUUCGUCGCACGUGUUCCGGCAUACUCGCCUGAGUCCGUGGCGGAAUUCGCAGUCGCGUUGAUCCAGGCGCUGAAUCGCAAGACGCAUCGUGCGUAUACUCGUGUUCGGGAAGGGAAUUUUAGUCUUGAUGGUUUCAUUGGAUUCACGUUGCAUGGUAAGACGGUGGGGAUUGUUGGGAUUGGAAAGAUCGGGAUGGCCCUGGCGAAGAUCCUUCGGGGUUUCGGAUGUCGUUUACUCGCGUACGAUCCGUAUCCGAAUGCAGAAUUCGAGAAAUUCUAUGGGAAUCUCGUAUCGUUUGAUGAGCUGUUGGCGCAGAGCCAUAUUGUCAGUCUCCAUUGUCCGCUCUCGAAUGCUACAAAGUAUAUCAUCAAUGAGUCAAGUCUGGCGAGGAUAAAACCCGGGGCGUUACUGAUCAAUACCUCUCGUGGAGGAUUGGUGGAUACGAAAGCAGCGAUUAAUGCGUUGAAGUCGAAACGGCUCGGUGGUCUCGCUCUGGAUGUGUAUGAGGCUGAAUCGUAUCUUUUCUAUAAUGACCAUUCUUCCGAGAUUAUUCAGGAUGAUGAUCUGAUGCGAUUGCUCACGCUUCCGAAUGCGCUGAUAUAUGGUCAUCAGGCGUUCCUGACGGAGGAAGCCUUGACUCAGAUCGCUGAGGUGACGUUUCGGAAUCUGGAUGAUUAUGCUAAUCAGAGGAAGUGCGAGAAUUCUUUGGUUCAGGGAAGAGAUAUACUUGUGUCUGGUGAUACGCAACCAGUACGGAUUUGAAUUAUGUGACUUCGGAUACUAUAUGUGUGAUGGUUACUUGCGCUGAAGCUUGGGAAGUUGCUUGAUAAAUUUAUUUUAACCCGGUUGUAUUCUGAGUAAAUUAUUUCAAUGAUUCCA